AUGGGUGGGCCCCCGUUGGACCGCAGUUUGGCUGCAACAAGUCUACCGGACUUCCAGGAGCCGGCUUCGAUCAGCUGGGGCAACGAGAGCUCGUAUUUUGUUCCGGUAACGUCCAGUUUAUCGUUCACCAGCGACAAAAUGUGGUCGAGUAGCACAAUGGUUGAAGAUCUCCACUCGACAAUGAGGUCGUCGUCCGGCGUGUACAGCGGGAUGGUUGAGCUAAGACCCUGUUUGAUAGAAAAGUCGAUUCCUUGUUUCAGUUUCGACUCUUUCACUUUCAAUACUCCAAAGUCCACAAACAGGCCCCCGUUACGCUUGUGGAAGGUGACCACUUUGGCGGACUCGGGAGCCUUAUCGCCAUAUUUUUCGUGUGCUUCCUGGAUCUUGCUCUGCAGGUACCAGGAGUCGCCGAUACACUUGCCGUCGACCUUGAUACGACCUUCUGUUGGCCAGAUCGGGUUGAGUCCCUCCAUGAGACACUUCCAUAGAACAGGCAGGUCGAUUGUGUUGUCAGUUGACUUGGUCUUGACGAAGUCCACCAAAUUGCCUGGUCGAGCGUCUUCACCAAAGAUGGUGCUAUUUUCCACGAGAGUGGUUCCCAACUUGUUGAGAAGCUUGAGACGGCCUUCAAACCCAGAGAUUGGGUUCGUCUCCGACACUUGCAGGCCGUCCUUGAGUUCCUGGGCGGAUAGCUUGGCGAGUUUGGCCCCGUUGACCACAAAACUCUCGUUUGUGGGGAAAGACGACUUGAUAGUGGAGACGACAAAAUCAACCGUUUCCGACAGCUUGGACAGGUCCACGUCGAAGUUGGUGAGCUUGUUAUCAAACAGCAGCGUCUUGGUCGACGAAUUGGUCUCUCGAACCGACUCGAUCGAAAGCAAAUACUCGGUAGAAACAGCCAUAAAACAGCAGGUCCUCGAGUCCAAUAUUUAUAGAUAG